AUGGGACUCGACUUCACUGUCUACAAAGGCUCGGAAGAUGGUCGUAUUGUCAAAGCAACCACUCAUCGAGAUAGUCUUAAACCUGACGACGUUCUCGUGAGAGUAACCCACUCAGGUUUAUGCGGUACGGACUUGCAUUACAGGACGUUCGAUGUGGCCCUUGGCCAUGAAGGUGUAGGCUUGGUUCAAGAGAUCGGUACCGACGUGAAAUCGAUGAAAGUGGGCGACCGCGUUGGCUGGGGAUACGAACAUGGUUCCUGCGGAUACUGUGACGAGUGCCUCGGUAGUCACGAAAUGUACUGUCCCGACCGACAAAUAUUUGGUAGCGCAUCAUUAGACCAGGGCUCUUUUUCUACACACGCGGUGUGGCCUGCCAAAUCCCUCUUCCAUAUUCCAGAAUCUAUGUCAUCAGCGGAUGCAGCCCCCCUUAUGUGCGCUGGGUCAACCGUCUAUAAUGUCUUCCAUCUUCAUAGUGUAUCUCCAACUGACCGCAUCGGUAUUGUCGGCAUCGGUGGCCUUGGGCACCUUGCAAUCCAAUUCGCAGCCAAGAUGGGAUGCCAGGUAGUGGUCUUCUCUAGCACGGAGAAUAAGAGGAAGGAGGCGAUGGAUCUGGGAGCCACAGAGUUCUACCCGACUAAGGACACCAAGACGCUUUACAUCGGGCCAAAAUUGAAGCAUCUUAUUGUUACUACAAGUGAACAGCCAGACUGGUCAUUAUAUCUACCCGUGCUGGCGCCCAGAGCCGCUAUAUACCCGCUAUCGAUAUCACUGAAAGAUCUCACUGUACCCUAUAUGCCGCUCUUGAUGAAUGGGUUGACCAUACAAGGCUGUAUGUCCGCUUCACGGGGCGCGCACAUCAAGAUGCUGAACUUUGCUGCAUUUCACAACAUCAAACCUAUCAACCAAGUAUUCCCCUUGAACAUUGAAGGCAUCGAGGAAGCAAUGCAGAAGCUUCAUAAAGGGGAGAUUAGGUAUAGGGUCGUGCUAGUCGCUGAGGGAGCAUAA